AUGUUACAUUUACUAACAGCUGAUUUCAAGUGCUACAAAUUGGUGAAGAAUAAGUUGAAAACUUAUGUUGAAAACAGAACUGAGCUCGAAUCGUAUUUACGAAAAUACGAUGAAUUUGAAGUUGCUUUGCUGAAGCUACAAAAUGAAACACAAGUGCUCUUAUUACAUUCCCAAAUCAAAAAAUCAACUGUAGUGAAUAAUGUGGAUGAACUCGUGAAAAAUCUAACGCGUAUAGAACGUAAACUAAGCGAAUCGUUGAAAUAUUUUGCGCAGGACAAGAGUAUAGAUUUGGAGGAAAUGGAAAAAGAAAUUAAUGAUAUAGAAAAAACGUUGAAAACGUUUAAAAUUCCCGAUGAAGAUGUACCAACUUUGGAUGUCCAUAAGAAGAUUACAGAAAAAUUGAAUAAGGUUUCAAAAGAUCAGUUUUUCAUCAAUAAGAACCUGAAAAAUGUUGGGAAAUUGCUGAAGGAAGUUGCAAAUAAUAACAAAAGUCUACAGGGAAAACUUGGCGAAAAACACGAACAGUACGAAUUUGAUUUGAAAAAGGCGAGUAUCGAUGAGGUCAAGAAAUUGGCUAAUGAAUCUAUGAAAAAUAAAGAAUUUGCUGAGUAUUUGAUAGAAAAAGUUAAGAAGCUUCAAACGCCUUCCGUCAUUUUUUUUGAUAUUGAUAUUGAGAUAGUUCAAGAAAAAAUCAACAAUUUUACUAUCACUCCCGAAUUCACUACGUUUGAAGAAGUGAAGAAGAAAUCAGAGAUUAUCGAGAAUGCUUUUGAUGAAUUCAGUAAAAUGUAUAAGAUCUAUAAAAAUGCAGUUAAGGAUAUUGAAUCUUCUUUUGAUGAAUCCGAGAUUAUGUACAAAAAAAUUAACGAUGAGCUGGAUGAAGCUAUUAGAUUAUAUAAGGAAAUUAAAAAGAUUUUAGAUGAUUUUGCUAAAGAUUUGGUUGCUAUUUUGGAAAAUAAGCAGAAGCAACAUGACACUCUGUCGGAGAUAAUCGAGGAGCAAAAUGAAGAUUUGAAGAAAAUCGAUGAUCAUUUAGAUGAGUUAAACACGAAUUUGAAGGAAAUUGAGUAUAAUGAUGAUCAGCUGAACAAGUGUCUCGAGGAAGUGGAUGAUAUUGAACGAUACAUUGAUGAUAUCGAUUCAGAAUUGAGUAAACAGGAAGAGUCGAUUGUUGCGCUGGAAAAAGAGUUGAAAAUGUUGCUAGACUUUGUUCAAAUUGAGAUGGAAAAGAGAUCAGAGAUGACAAAAAUUCAGGCUCAGGUGGAUAAAAUUAAAAUUAUAGCAGAUGGAAUUCCUGAUAUGGAAUAUGAAACCUGCGAUCAGUGCUACAAAUUGGUGAAGAAUAAGUUGAAAACUUAUGUUGAAAACAGAACUGAGCUCGAGUCGUAUUUACGAAAAUACGAUGAAUUUGAAGUUGCUUUGCUGAAGCUGCAAAAUGAAACACAAGUGCUUUUAUUACAAUCCCAAAACGAAAAAUCAACUGCAGUGAAUAAUGUGGAUGAACUCACGAAAAAUCUAAUGCGCGUAGAACGUAAACUUAGCGAAUCGUUGAAAUAUUUUGCGCAAGAAAAGAGUAUCGAUUUGAAGGAAAUGAAAAAAGAAAUUUCUAAUAUCGAAAAAACGUUGAAAACGUUGAAAAUUCCCGAAGAAGAUGUACCAACUUUGGAUGUCCAUAAGAAAAUUACACAAAAACUGAAUAUGAUUUCUAAAGAUCAGACUUUCAUCAAUAAGAAUCUGAAAAAUGUUGGAAUUUUGCUGAAAGAAAUUGUAAAUAAUAAUAAAAGUCUACAAGAAAAACUUGGCGAAAAACGCGAAGAGUACGACUUUGAUUUGAAAAAGGCGAGUAUCGAUGAGGUCAAGAAAUUGGCUAAUGAAUCUAUGAAAAAUAAAAAGUUUGCUGAGUAUUUGUUAGAAAAAGUUAAAAAGCUUCAAGUUCUUGAACUUAAUUCUCAUAUAGAUAGCGUUAAAGAAAAAAAUACAAAUUUCAUUAUUAGUCCAGAAUUGAUUACGUUGGAUGAAGUGAAAAAAAAAUCCGAGAUUAUACAGAAUGCUUUUAAUGAAUUCAAUGAAGUGUAUAUGAAUUAUAAAGAUGAAGUUGACGAUAUUCAAACUUCUUUCGAUGAAUCCGAGAUUUUCUUCAAAAAAAUUGACGAAAAACAUGAUAAAAUCAAUAAAUUAGUGAAACAUAUUAAAAUGGAAAUAGACGAGUUGGAUGAAGCUAUUGAAUUAUAUGAGGAAAUUCUAACGAUUUUAGAUGAUUUCAAUGAAGAUUUAGUUGCAAUUUUGGAAAAUAAGCAGAAACAACACGACAUUCUAACGGAGAUAAUUGAGGAGCAAAAUGAAGAAUUGAUGAAAAUCGAAGAUCAUUUGGAUGAGUUGAACACGAAUUUGAAGGAAAUUGAGUAUAACGAUGAUCAGGUGAACAAGUGUCUCGAGGAAGUGGAUGAUAUUGAACGAUACAUUGAUGAUAUUGAUUCGGAAUUGAGUAAACAGGAAGAGUCGAUUGUUGCGCUGGAAAAAGAGUUGAAAAUGUUGCUGGACACUGUUCAAAUUGAGAUGGAAAAGAAGUCUGAGUUGGAGAAUCUUCAGGUUCAGGUGGAUAAAAUUAAAAUUAUAGCCGAUGGAUUGCCAGAAAUAGAAUGUGGCGUUCAACGAACAUAA